AAAAUGUCAACGAGCAAUCGGUGCAUGCUCAAUGCAAAUCAAUCACAAAUCAAACGAUAAAAUAUUGAAACUCAACGAAUUUAAAGCACGCAAUAUUUCAUUUUCUUCAGUUUGGUGUUAAAAACUCACAUAUACAACGUCACUUGUGUGUAAACUCUUUACGUUUAUACCGCAGCUGUAUUGAAAAUAAAAUUUGUUCAAAAAUGGAUGGAAAAAACCAAAAAACUGAGCAACCAAGUGAUUUGCACCAAGUGGAAGAGGAAGAACAACAGAGACAGUCACAAAAGCAAAGAGUUCAACGGAAUGUAAAUUCGUUGGUUCAUGCUUGCGAUUGUAGAGAUCAACAGUGUACCGAAGACUUAUGUGCAAAAAUGAAACGACUCCUGCAUCACACAACGAUUUGCACACGGAAAUCCGACGGCAAUUGUCCAAUUUGCAAAACAGUCUACGGUAUGUUCUGCUACCACGCAAACCAAUGUAUCGAAGUCAAGUGUGCGGUUCCGUACUGUCUAAAUAUCAAGCACAAACUCAAUCAAUCCAAAUUGGCAAGAAGUACAAGCAGUUGUCAACCAGCCGAUUCUACCACAAAAAAAAUGACUGUGGAUACAUCGCGUAAUAUUCAAGUGUGUCAUUAUGGUAGGAGUAACGCUCAAGGAAACUCUGGUGUAAAUAUUGGAGCAAGAACGCAGGAAAUAGCAUCGACUGAGCCAAAUAGCGACAAUGAAGGUCUCCAGAAAGCAAAACAGCAGCUUGUAACGACGCUGCAGAAUAGCAACUUGACCGGUUCCGACAAAUUUCAGCAAAUUCUGAACAUUUUAAAAUCCAACCCUCACCUCAUGACAGCAUUUAGAAGGCAACGACAAAAGUAUCUGGAAAGUGCAAGCAGCCAAUUCUCUAUGAAUUCUCCUAUGGAAGCCCCUUCUUCUGUUUCAUCGACAAAUACACAGACAUGGCGCCAGUUUAUCCCAACCGAAUACCGUGAAUACAUGGUACGCAUUUACAGCCAAACCAUGCAUGCCUAUGGCAUUGCAAAAUGCGGAAAAAUGAUCGAGGAUGAAAUUUAUGCAAAAGCCGAAUCGAAACAGCAAUAUUGUGAGCUAAUGUUCGACAAAAUCUACACCGACCAAAUGGAAAUGGAGGAAAAGAAUAAAAUACGAAAGUUUGAACCAGCACAACCAACGCAACAAGUACGUGUGGUUCAAAAACCAUCCACAUCAGCGGUUAGAAAAUGUGUCGUACUCAAGAGGAAAUUUAAGCAAAUUACACGGAAGUAUCAGCCAAACAUGAGACUGAUCCGCAUUACACCCCGUCGCAUUGUGGCUAAUCGAAAAAACUGCCAGCGUUUGGAUCGUCCAGCGCAUUCACCUAUGAAUCAAGCACUCGAUGAAUGAAAAUUUUGAAGACCAUGCAUUGAAUACCAUUGACAUUUUGAACGAGUAUUAAUUAUGAUUUAAUUGUGUUUUGGAGUAUUAGUUAAUUAGAGACCAUUUUUUUCAUAUUUUUAACAAAAAACAAACAAACGUAAUUGGCCAUCGAGAAUCUCAAAUGUCAUCGUUUCUGUUAUUUGCACAUUUUUAUUCAUUCAUUUUUCUAUUUUUUGGAUAUUAACAUGUAUUUACUAUAUUUUUGGCAGUCUAUGAAAAUAAAUAUUCACAAUUCGAACUAAAAAAUACAAGGAGCAAA